CAAGCAUGACGCCUGCGUCGUCUGCUUGGGACCUGAGCACCUGAAACUGCUGGACUCGUGUCCCACCUACGUGUCUCUUCCAGGAGAAGAGCGCCGCAGGCAGGCGGGUCUAGCACGCUGGAAGGGAGUCGACCAGGAGUCGGCCUCCCUUCCAGCAACCCAGCCUCCUCAACCCGCUCAACCCAAUUUGUGUGGGUUGUUGCGUUUGCGUGCCGCUUUUAUGGGCCGGCCUGAGUCCGGUUCCAUCGGCCUCCCUUGUGUUCAUCCUUCGUGUUCACUAGCAAAAAAUGCUAAGCUAACACUAGCUCCUUCGAGCGUUGACCAUCUUGCAGCGCCCGUGUCAAGUCGGCCUGGUCCAAGUUCUUCAAACGCACAGGUGAGUGCUGGCCGGCUUAAGGAACUUCGUCUCCCACCGGCCCCUGGGGCUGUCCUCACCGGCAGCCAUCUUGCACCGCCUGCGCCCGGGAGGUCCGGUCCGUGCUUUUCAGGCGCUCGGGUGAGUGUCGGCCGACAUGGAGGGCUCUGUCUCCCAGCUGCCCCUGCUGUUUUUGUCACUGGCGGCCAUUUUACAUAGCCUGCGUCAAAUGAACCCAGUGCGGCUGUGCUGAGCAAUCAUCCGGUCACGGAGUCAAGCAGCGGACUUCAUCUCCCGGCUUCCCUCGCUGAUGACGUCGCCCAUGUUGCCAGAAAAUCAUGGCUCACGGUGAUGAGAGCGAGUCGGGACGGCGACACACGGCCCUUUCGACUUCCACUCGGUGUGGGUGGAUUUGUGCGGCCCCCUUGGUUAAACAGAACAUCGAGCAGGGGCUACGCACUUCAGUUCUGUCGCCACCCCCCCCCCGAGUUCGCGGGGAUCCGCGUUACGUCCCCUCGCUCCCCAGUAGAACGACUGUGUCUGGAGCAGGAGGCGGCCAGAGGUCCAGACCCAAGAGGUCAGGAGGUCUCAGACCCAUCCUGGAUCUUCGACGGCUGAAUGCUUACAUCUCUUCCCGCUUGUUCAGGAAGCUGACAAUCAGACAGCGUAUUUCCACGUCCCCAUUUUGCAGCGCCACAGGCGCUACCUGAGGUUUUCAGUGAGAGACAAAUGUUACCAGUUCGACCGGCUGCCCUACGGGUAUUCUCUGGUUCCACGGACCUUCUCGAAGGUGGUGGAUGCGGCGUUGGAGCCGCUCAGAUCAGCAGACGUGAGGAUCCUGGACAAUUGGCUCAUUCUGCCGGCUUCAGAGGGCGAAGUGCGUCGUCACACGGAGACUGUGCUGCAGCACAUCAGUCGUCUGGGCUUUGCGGUCAACCUCCAGAAGAGUGCGCUGCAGCCCAGCACUUUCACUCAAUAUCUGUGGAUUCUCCUUGACUCUGGAUCCAUGACAGAGCGUCUGUCAGGCGAGAGGUUGUCAAAACUUCUCCUCGCGGUGACGGUGGCGAGAAGUGCCCAGAGAUUGAGAGUGAGCGAGGUGAUGACCUUAUUAGGUCUCAUGUCGGCAGCGCAUUUGGUGGUCAAGCUGGCGGCCACUUCGCUGGAUAUACUGUCCUUGAUGACGUCUCUGCUUCUGGCCUUAGCUUCUGCUAAGAGAGUGAGUGAUCUGACAGCCUUGUCAGUGAGCUCACGGUGCAUGUCAUUUGGUGGAGGUCGGACUUCUGUCACUCUUCAUCCGAACCCGGUUUUCAGACCGAAGGUCACUACGACUCUCAAGUCCUGAUGUUGAGGGCUUUUUAUUCCCCGCCUCAUCAGACUGACCAGGAGGCUAGGAUGCACCGGUUGUGCCCGGUGUGGGCCCUGGCUUGUUUUGUAAUAGUGUCAUGCAAAUAAUGAAUGCAUAUGUAAUUAAUAUCUUAUUUAAUCUCUCUUAAAAUCACUGUGAAAACCCUUCAACUUGAGGUAUUUUCUGUAAAAUGUAUAUUUUUAUUAUUAUAUUGUAAAAAGACCAACACAUAUUUAAAAAAAAACAAAGCCACUGCACCUGCUACUGCCAUGUCUUCCUGAGGCCCUUGGCUCAUGGACAGAGAGAGCAACUUGUUUUUACUCAUCAUGAGAAGAUUCUUUCGAAUUACUGGUUUGUUCCAGCUGAUGUUUGACAUGACAUGGACAUCUGUGGUUUAAAGUCAGGCAUGUGUGGAUCUCACAGGAUGUUGUCCAGAUGUAGUAGAAGUAUCAUGUCGAGCGCACCAUUAGAAAUGUAUUUGCUGAGUGAAAUGGUGAUUUGUUCACAACCCAUUUCCCCCGCUGUAUGUGUGUGUGUGUGUGUGAGAGAGAGGUCUUGACAAGCAGGGUUUCCUCUUGUGCGCGUCAGAACUACCACAAACCAUUUCACAGGAACUGGCUGUUCUGAAGGGUCACAUCAGACUGAUGAGUUUUUUCACUGAGAAACUGACAAGGAUGAUCAGAAAGUACUGAGCCAGAAGAAUGGAGAUCAAUUCUCUGAUGGUUCUGCUCUGUUUUAUGGCAGGGGUUUCAGACGUGGACACGUAUCAUCUGAGACUCAAAGGGAAGGAGGGGAAAGAUAUCACAAUUACAUGUUCUCACUCCAAUGCUUACAGCAACACAAAGUUUUUUUGCACAAAAGAUUGUUCCCUCAAAGGUUCUCUAAUGACCAGCGAAGGUCCAAACACAGCCAAGUAUCGCAUAAUUGAUAGAGGGAAUGAUUUUGAUGUGACCAUUUAUAACCUGGAGGUGAAUGACUCAGGAACAUACUGGUGUGGAGUAGACAGAGUUGGUCCAGACACAUAUACUAGAGUUCACCUCACCGUUGUUGAAAAGCCAAGGGAGGAGAAGAAAGAACCAGAUGAGAAGAAGAAUAGCAGUGCAACCAUGAAGAAUGAAACUGCAGCGAAGAGGAAUGAGACUGUAAAUGAGGACAGUGAAACUGUUGAGGUGAAGAACAAAACUGAGGAGGAGAGGAGCGUUACUGACACAACAGUUGAAAUAACAAAACCACCUCCAUCCUCAGGGGUUUCAGACGUGGACACGUAUGAUCUGAGACGAACAGUGAAGGAGGGGGAUAAUAUCACAAUUACAUGUUCUCACUCAAAUGCUUACAGCAACACAAAGUAUUUCUGCAGAGGAGCAUGUGACUACGAAGAUAUCCUCAUAACCAGCAAAGGUCCAAACACAGCCAAGUAUCACAUAACUGACAGAGGGAAUAAUUUUUAUGUGACCAUUUAUAACCUGGAGGAGAAAGACUCAGGAACAUACUGGUGUGGAAUAGACAGAGUUGGCCGGGACACAUAUAAUAGAGUGGACCUCACCGUUGUCAAAAAGCCUCAAGAGAAGAAAGAAAAUGAAGACAAAAAGAACGCAAUUACGCCAGAGACGAAAAUAACUGGAGAGAACAAUAAAACUGUUGAGGUGAAGGGGAACGUUACUGAUGCGCCAGAUGUAGUACCAGAACCACCUCCAUCCUCAGAAACUGUGGUGUACAUCGGACUCGGUAUUUGCUGUGGGGUUCUGGUUCUGGUCCUUCCCUUGUUCUGCCUCCAACGAAGGCGAUGCCUGGGAGCAUCCUCUGCUGAAAAACCAGACCGUCGCUCCACCAACUCUCCAGAUCCAGCAGCUGUCAUUUACUCUGACGUCACUGUGAACAGAGCCUUCCAGGUUCCUGCAGACGCCGCGCUCUACUGCAACAUGCCCUCCAGCCAACCCAGGAGCAUGGAAGUGCCUCCAUCUGAGGAGGUCACCUAUUCUGCCAUCAGAGGAGCUCAUGCUGAUCCAGUGAGUCUGCUGCGGGUUUCAGACGUGGACGCGUAUGAUCUGAGACUAACAGGGAAGGAGGGGGAAGAUAUCACAAUUACAUGUUCUCACUCACUUGCUUACGGCAACACAAAGUUUUUUUGCACAACAGAUUGUUCCCUCAAAGGUUCUCUAAUGACCAGUGAAGGUCCAAACACAGCCAAGUAUCACAUAACCGACAGAGGGAAUGAUUUUGAUGUGACCAUUUAUAACCUGGAGGUGAACGACUCAGGAACAUACUGGUGUGGAAUAGACAGAGUUCUUAAGGACACAUAUAAUGAAGUUCACCUCACCGUUGUUGAAAAGCCAAGAGAGGAGAAGACAGAACCCGAGGAGGAGGAGAAUAGCAGUGCUAACAUGACGAAUGAAACUGCAGCGAAGAGGAAUGAGACUGUAAAUGAGAACAGUGAAACUCCUGAGGUGAAGAAUAAAACUGAGGAGGAGAGGAACGUCACUGACGCGCCAGAGGAUACUGGAGAACUAUCUACAUCCUCAGAAACUGUGGUGUACAUUGGAGCAGGACUGGGGAUUUGCCUUGGGGUUCUGGUUUUGGUCCUUCUCUUGUUCUGCCUCCAACGAAGGAGAUAUUUGGGAGCAUCCUCUGCUGAAAAACCAGACCAUCGCUCCACCAACUCUCCAGAACAAGAAACGGUCAUUUACUCUCUGGUCACUGCGGACAGAGCCUUCCAGGUUCCUGCAGACGCCGCGCUCUACUGCAACAUGCCCUCCAGCCAACCCAGGAGCAUGGAAGGGCCUCCAUCUGAGGAGGUCACCUAUUCUGCCAUCAGAGGAGCUCAUGCUGAUCCAGUCUGACUUCCCUUCUCUGUUGCUCACUGUAGCGCUGCAUUCACAUCUGACUCCAUGCUGUUUAGUGACAUGUGGAAAAGUGGUUUCUGAUCCUUUCCUCAGAGAUCUGUCUCAGAUGAGACAUGCUAUUUACUCAGUGUUUUUGUCCUUGAUUUUAAUAUUCCUCGACGAUUCACUGUACCGUCCUGUAGAGAGCUUCUGUAUGAGCUUUGAACACAAACUGCUGCACAGGUUUCUAUGAAUGUAUCAGCUGCUGCAAGUUCCUGAAGCCAAAGAGAUGUUUGGAGGAGGUCACCCUCAUCUGCAUGAGACACGAUAAAAGGACUGGCUCAGGUUCAUGUUCACUGGACAGUUUUCAUGCUUCCAUCAGCAACACCGAUCACCUGUAGUACAAAAGUAAGCAGCGAUGCAUUGAAGUAUA